AUGAUGGACGCCGCCAACCCUGCCAAUGCGGCCAACGCGGCCAACGUGGUCAACGCCGCCAACAGGGCCAACGCGGUCAACGCCGCCCGCGUGACGGCGCUGCGGGGGGCGAUCGAGCGCAGCAGCCUGCGCAAGGGGUUCGUGCAGGACGUGAAGAGCAACUGGGAAAUCAAAAGCCUCAAGUUCGGAAUUAUGGACAAGGAGGAGAUAAUCAAAUGCUCCGAAGUGAAAAUUCUAAACAGAGAAAUGUACAAGAACAACACGGGAAUACCGUACCCUUACGGAGUUUUAGAUCUCAAACUGGGAGCCCACAAGAGCAACUCCCUAUGUGAAACAUGCCACCGGAAUUUUAUGAACUGUUCAGGUCAUUUUGGAUACAUAGAAUUGAACUACCCGCUCUUCCACGUGGGGUACUACAAAUACAUCAUCUACAUUUUGUAUUGCAUCUGUAAGGUGUGCUCGCACAUUCUGCUCACGAAUGAGAAGCUGGAGUUCUAUACCAACCUGAAGAGACGCACAGUUGAGGAUAAGUUUUUUAAGAGGCACAUCUUUAAGAAGAUCCUUAACAGCUGUAAGAAGGUCACCAAGUGCUACCGCUGUGGGUACCCCCAGGGGGUAAUAAAGAAAAUCAUCAAGCCGAGUUUAGACCAAUUUAUGAAGCUCAAGCAUGUAAUUAAGACAAAGGAAAAUGGCAAAAUGGUAAUCAAAGAGGACGAUUUGAAUAGCCUCUAUGUAUUGAAUCUAUUUAAAAAUAUGAACCCAUAUCAUGUGAAACUUCUAAACGUGGAAAGCCCAGAGAAGCUCCUCAUAACAGCGUUGCUGGUACCUCCCAACACGAUUAGACCGUCUGUGGUUAUUGAUGAGCAUGGCACAGCAGAGGAUGACUUGACAUGCAUCCUUUCGGAAAUUACCCAACUGAAUAACACCAUCAAUAACCAGUGCAGUAAUGGCUACCAGACGAACCAGUUCCUUGGAAACGUAGAAUUUCUGCAGCUACAAAUUACGAGGUUUAUUAAUAGCGAUUCUCCUGCCGUUUCGCAGUUACUUGCUACUCAAAAUAUUUCUAAACCGGGGAGGGGGAUUUGCCAACGGUUGAAGGGGAAGGAGGGUCGCUUCAGGUGCAACCUAUCGGGGAAAAGGGUCGAUUUCUCAAGCAGAACUGUCAUUUCGCCUGACCCCAAUAUCUCCAUCGAUGAGGUGGUGGUCCCGGAAAGCAUUGCCAUGAGGCUCACCUACCCGGAGAAGGUCAAUCGGUAUAACAUGGCGAAGCUGAAGAGGCUCAUACGGAACGGGACGAGCACCUGGCCGGGCGCCAACUACGUCAUUAAGAAGGCGUGCGGCCAGGGGGGGGCCUCCCCGCGGGGGGACUCCCUCAUCGACGUGGUGAAGCGCUACGUGGGCCAUCCCAGCGGUGUGCUUCUCCCCACCGCCGCCUCAGUGGGAGACCCGCGCAGGGGCAACCCCGCCAUCAACAAAAUCAGCCUCAAGUACGCCAACAAAAGGCUCGUGGUGGAGAACCUGCAGGUGGGGGACGUGGUGGAGCGGCACCUGGUGGACGGAGACAUCGUGCUGUUCAACCGGCAGCCCUCCCUCCACCGAAUGUCCAUCAUGUGCCACAAGGCGAGGGUCAUGAAGUACAAGACGUUUAGGUUCAACGAGUGUGUGUGUUCUCCCUAUAAUGCCGACUUUGAUGGGGAUGAGAUGAACCUACACGUGCCGCAAACGGAGGAAGCCAGAGCAGAGGCCCUAUACCUCAUGAAUGUAAAGAACAAUUUGAUUACGCCCAAAAAUGGGGAAGUGAUCAUAGCCUUGACGCAGGACUUCCUGUCAGCUUCGUACGUCAUCACCAAUAAGGACACCUUCCUCGAUAGGGACUCCUUCUGUUUGCUCUGCUCCUACUUCUCGGAUGCGAAGGUGAAUAUAGAUUUGCCUGUUCCGGCGAUUCUAAAACCGAAGGAGCUUUGGACAGGCAAGCAGUUGAUAAGUGUGCUCAUCAAACCAAACACAAAGGAAAAUACAAUCAUCAAUUUUGAAAUAAAGGAGAGGGAAUAUUCCACGAAAAAUGGGGAUCUCAAACAUAUGUGUUUGAACGAUUCUUACGUAUGUUUCUACAAGUCGGAGUUAAUUUGCGGCUCUUUGGGGAAGAAGGUUCUAGGGUCCUCUAAGUAUGGCCUGUUUUACUACCUCAUCCACCACAACUCCUCCUACGUUGCUCUAAAAAUUAUGAAUCGCUUUUCCAAGCUGACUAGUAGAUAUUUUUCUAACAAAGGAAUGACCAUAGGGAUUGAUGAUGUCACCCCAUCGGAUACUCUCCUUCAAAAGAAAAAGGACCUCCUCCAAGCGGGUUACGAAAAGGUUAACAGAGAGAUCGCCCUCUAUAAUGAAAAGAAAAUGCAAAUACAACCCGGAUGUACUUUAGAAGAAACUCUAGAAAUUAAAGUAAAAAAUAUAUUAGAUGAUUUACGUAACGAUGCAGGGAAGACAUGCAACCAGUAUUUGGAUCACUUAAAUAAGCCACUUAUCAUGUUUAACUCUGGAGCUAAGGGAGCUCUCAUUAACAUCGCUCAGAUGAUUGCUUGCGUGGGACAACAGAACGUUACCGGGCAGAGGAUUCAAAACGGAUUCAUUAAUAGGACUCUCCCUCAUUUUAACUUCCACUGUAAAGAUUCCGAGAGUAGGGGCUUCGUGCAGAACUCCUUUUACACGGGGCUCAACCCAACUGAGUUUUUCUUUCACACCAUGUCUGGCCGAGAGGGGCUCGUAGACACGGCUGUCAAAACCGCCGAAACGGGGUACAUGCAGAGGAGACUCAUGAAGGCCCUCGAGGACCUAUCCAUUCAUUACGACUUCUCAGUUCGCUCGUGCGAUAAACAGAUCGUUCAGUUCAUCUACGGCGACGACGCUCUGAACCCCUCCUUCGUGGAUAACAACAAUUCCUAUGCGCACCAAUUUGACAAGAUCUUCGACCACAUCACCUCCAUUUCGUCCAGCAACAUUCUGCUCGCCUACGGCAGGCCCCCCCCCAAGCGAUCAGCGGGGGAAGCGGCGACGAAGCGGUUAUCUGGGGUAGCGGGGUUAGCGGCGCCCAAGCAGUUAGCCUUGUCUGCUGGGUCAGCGGUGCCCCCUAACCGCUUCGUCGCCGCCUCCCCCAUUUCCCGCAUCGCCCACCGGGUGGCCGCCAAGAUGAGCGCCCCCGACGCGGCGCCCUUCAUCCCCCUGGAGCACGACGAGCACUUCGUGCGGAUGGUCAUGCAGCGGGAGGGGCGCGCCCGCAGCGGCGGUCAGUCAGUGGAAGCGGUGGAAGAAUCAGCGGAAGAAUCAGCGGAAGAAGCGGAAAUAAAGGGCGCCCUGAGUGUCUCCAAGCCGCCUCAGCAGCGCCACCACCAGAGUGAAACCGAUGAAGGGGCGCCCGCCCAAAACAACUGCGUCCUGCCGCCGCUCCAACACCAGGCCAUUGCAAAAUUCGUAAACGACUAUCGAAACGUAGUCGAGAUAAAGAAGCUGGUGGAUGAGAAGCAGGUCUGCCUGAGCGAGUCGGAAAGGCAGCUCGUGCGGGGCAUGUACAGCCGGAUGAGCAAAAACGUGGUGAAGAAGAUAGAAAUUGUUAACACGGUGUACCGGUCCGAGAGGGAGAAGGCGCGCAGGGGGAGGGCAAACGGGGGGGGAGCGACGAAUGAAGUGGGUGUGACGGAAGCGGCGGGCACUACGAACGUGGUAGGCGUGACGGAAGCGGCGGGCACUACGAACGUGGUAGGCGUGACGGAAGCGGCGGGCGUGCCGGGCAGAGACACCACUAUCGCUCACGCACAGGGCUACUUCCCCCGCAGGAGGAAAAGGCAGGCACAGCCGCACGUGGAGGAGGCGGCCCGGCUGUACGAAAGCAAGCUAUACAGGCAAAUGAUAAAAAACGUAAUCGCAUUCGUGAGCGUCUUCGAGCACGUCGAAAAGAAGAAGCAACACUUCAUCUUGCUGCCCUACGAAGUGGUGGAGUGGACCGACUUCCUCCUAAACUACCUGCCAGAGUUGAUGCCAACAAACAUAUAUGUGCAUACGAAACUGUCUCAAAGGGAAAGCCCCACUCAUCAGGAGAGGACCAAAGCGAUGAAUAUCUUUAUGAAAGAAAUUAAAAAAUGGCUAGUUGUGAAAGCCAUCAAUGUGUAUAAGUACUUUAGGCAUAAGAAGGGGCUUCACUUGAUGAGGCGAAGCGAUUACCUCAAUUUCGUCUGCCCAGAGACGUAUGAGCCAUCUUGCCGUUACCUCAUUUACGAUUACCCCUUUGUGAAUUUGAAGCAGCUGUACUUGUUCAUUUUUUUUAAUGUCUCGAAAUAUUUUAAGUAUAUCUCCGCUCCGGGGGACGCCGUGGGGUCCAUUUCGGCCCAGUCCAUUGGGGAGCCCGGCACGCAGAUGACGCUCAAGACGUUUCACUUCGCAGGCGUGGCGAGCAUGAACGUGACCCUGGGCGUGCCAAGAAUCAAAGAGAUCAUAAACGCGUCGAGCACCAUACAGACGCCCAUCCUGAACAUCCCCCUGCAGGUGAAAGACAGCUACAACUUUGCCCUAAUGAUGAAGUCAAAAUUAGAGAAAACGACCGUUAGAGACAUCUGCCUCUACAUAAAGGAGGACUACACCGCUCGAGGCAUCUUCCUCUCUGUGAAAUUCAACGAGCAACUCAUCCACAACCUUUUCCUAAACAUAAAUGCGUAUACCAUUAGGGAUAUCAUAAUGAGGCAGAGUCAUAUCAGCAAGAUAAAGAUUAAUAAAAUUCUUGUGGAGGUGGUGGAUGCGUACAAGCUGCACAUGUCUCUGAAGAACGACGAGUUUUUGUUUUUCCAAAUGGAGGCCCUGAAGAAGGGGCUGCUGGACCUGCUCAUUCACGGCGACAAGGACAUAAAGCGCUGCAUCAUAAAGAAGGAGGAGGUGGAGGUCACGGACGGGGAGGCCAGCGGUGGGGAGGAAAGCGGUGGAGUGGUAAGCGGUGAACUGGUGCAACCAAGCGGUGAACUGGUGCAACCAAGCGGUGAACUGGUGCAACCAAGCGGUGAACUGGUGCAAACCACCGCGAAGGAAGGCGCCGGUGAGGCUAAGCUGCGAAGCAUCAUGGAGGCCUUCGACGUCCAAAUGAAGCAAGAAAUGUCAAAGGGGGAGAUCCCACCAGGGGCGGAGGGAGAAGACGAACCCGUCGUCCACCUAGACACCAUCAAUAUAGACGCCCUGAAUUUUGAAAAAAUAAAUAUAAAUCAAAUAAGGCAUGAAAAAAUUGACCAUUACGAUCGCGAUGGGAAUCUGUACAGUGGAGGGAAUGGGCCGGAAUGCGAAGAAAAAAAAAAAAAAAAAAAAAAAAUAAUUUACUCUAUUCUUGUAGAGGGCAACUCGCUGAACUACGUCCUGGGGUUGGAGGGCGUAGACUUCAAGCACAUCAUUUCGAACCACGUGAUUAACGUUUUUCAGGUGCUGGGCAUCGAGGCCGCCAGAGUCACCAUCAUCAAUGAGAUAAAGAAGUGCGUCGAGGCCUACAGCAUCGACAUCGACAUUAGGCACAUCAUGCUGCUCGCGGAUAUCAUGGCCUUCACGGGAGACAUCCUCGGGAUAAACCGCUUCGGCAUCCAGAAGGCCAGGCACAGCACGCUCAUGCUGGCGUCCUUCGAAGAGACAAACGAGCACCUCUUCGUUUCCUCCUUCUUCAAAAACAGAGACGAAAUAAAUAACAUCAGCGAGAGCAUCAUUGUGGGCAAGAACAUCCCCAUUGGCACGGGUGCCUUCCAGCUCCUCUACGACUACAAGUUCAACCGAGAGGAAAGGAAGCUCACCCUCCUGGAACGGGCUCAGCAGGAGAUGGCCUAACGGAGAGAUCUCACAACGGAGAGAUCUCACAACGUGGGGAAGGCAUGCCGG